AUGAGUACAGCCACCAAUGGUUCAAGUAACUCGGUGAAAACCCCAGAUCCUGCCCAAGAUGAUCCAGUUGUUAUUAUUGGAAUGAGCCUCAAAUUUCCCCAAGAUGCUGUCUCUGUGGAAUCUUUCUGGAAAAUGUUGAUGGAAGGAAGAUCAGCCAGCUCUGAAGUUCCCAAAGAUAGAUACAACGUGGAUGCAUUUUAUGCACCCGGGAAAAGCAAAACUGGAAUGGUGAACGUUAAGGCGGGGCACUUUAUUCGAGAUGAUCUUGCCGCCUUUGAUGCUCCCUUCUUCACUAUGACUCCGGGCGAAGUAGCUUGCAUGGACCCUCUACAGAGAUGGCUCUUAGAAACUUCAUAUCAAGGACUCGAGAACGCGGGGAUCCCAAUGGAAGAAGCGAAGGGAUCAAAAACAUCUGUGUAUAUCGGAUCAUUUUUGGAUGAGUACGGUAUGGUCUUAAAUAGAGACCUGCAGAUGUCACAGAAAUACAAGGCGCCUGGAACUGCAGUUUCCAUGCUUGCUAACCGACUGAGCUGGUUCUAUGAUCUCCGAGGUCCGAGUAUUGCCCUGGACACUGCAUGUUCCAGUAGCUUAGUUGCAUUUCAUCUCGCUUGUCAGAGUCUAGUAACUGGAGAGUCCGAAAUGAGUAUAGUAGGAGGUUGCAAUUUGACUUACAAUCCCGAGACGUCAAUCUGUCUUUCUGACCUGGGAUUCCUCUCUCCAGACGGAAUCAGUUACAGUUUUGACGAACGUGCAAAUGGAUACGCAAGAGGCGAAGGUUUUGGAAUCGUCAUUUUGAAGUCCUUAUCCAAAGCGGUCCGAGAUGGAAAUACAAUACGAGCAGUAGUUCGAGCUACAGGAUCAAAUCAGGAUGGGCGGACACCUGGUAUUACGCAACCCAGCAUGAAGGCACAAGAAACGUUGAUUCGUGAAACUUAUCAAGCAGCCGGCUUGGAUAUGGGGAAAACGGCGUUCGUUGAAGCACAUGCUACUGGGACAACAUUAGGAGACCCGAUUGAGGCUGCAGCUCUGGGUAAUGCUUUCAAGACUUCUCGAGAAACCAUUUCCCAUCUCCAUGUUGGCGCUGUGAAAAGCAACAUUGGACAUCUGGAAGGGGCUAGCGGUGUUGCAGGCUUAAUCAAAACAGUACUAGCGCUUGAAAGGGCAACUAUCCCCCCCAACGUUUGGCCGAGGAAUCUGAACAAGAGGAUACAAGCAGAAACUCUCAAGUUGAAAUUCCCUACGAAACCUAUUCCUUGGCCGACUAGUGAUCUGCGCCGAGCAUCAGUCAACUCAUUCGGCUUUGGUGGGGCAAAUGCACAUGUAGUACUUGAUGAUGCUUUUCAUUACUUGCGAGACCACGAUUUGAUCGGAAAUCAUCUGACUGCUGUCGUAUUGCCAGCAGCAGAUAGCAUCGCCGGGGGAAAGCCCAUUGUCAAUACGGAAGACACAGGAAACAACAUAGCGAACUUGGCAACACCAAAAUUGUUUGUAUUCUCGGCGCCGGAUGAAGAUGGUCUACGCCGUGUGACAUCAACAUAUCAAUCUCAAUUGCUCUCUCAUUGUACCGCGGAGUAUAUCAGCGACCUUGCAUACACCCUUUCGGAAAAGCGUAUGAAAUUUCGAUGUCGGUAUUCAACGGCGGCCAGCUCCAUUGAUCAGUUGAAGCGAAAUUUGGCAGAGCAACAAGAUUUCGUUCAGUCAAAGCAGACGCCUCGGAUAUGUUUUGUUUUCACGGGGCAAGGUGCCCAAUGGUAUGCAAUGGGCCGGGAGUUGCUAAGGUACCCUGAAUUCAGACGGAGCCUAGAAGAUUCGGCGAGCAUAUUUGCAGAUUUGGGUUGCCAAUGGUCGCUCGUUGAGGAACUACUGAAAGAUGAGACAACAACAAACAUUGCACUGGUACAGCAGCUCUCGGUGUGGUCUAUCAGCCCAUCUGUGGUAGUUGGCCAUUCCUCCGGGGAAAUCGCAGCAGCCUAUUGUACGGGUGCGCUUUCGGUUGGCUCUGCUUGCAAAGUGGCAUACUUUCGUGGCUUUGUCGCAGCAAUCCUCGAAAGAUCCGCAACUCCGGGCUCAAUGUUAGCCGUUGGUAUGUCAGAAGAUGAGGCAAAUGCUUUUCUUAACAAAUUGCAACUUGAAGACGGGCAGGUAACAGUUGCUUGCAUCAAUAGCCCCAAGAGUAUAACACUCUCGGCGUCCAAAUCCUCUAUUGAUAUGCUGCAAGUCUUAUUCGAAAAAGAAAACAUAUUCGUGCGAAGGCUUCCGGUGCACGUUGCGUAUCACUCGCCACAAAUGGACGAAAUUGCCGAGCUUUACAGGAAAUUGAUCUCGGAGCUCGACUCGGGGUUACCAGUCAGCGAUGAUCUCGUGAUGUUUUCGUCAUUGACUGGCUCAAAGAUCUCCAAUGAAGAAACUUCCAGGCCCAAAUACUGGGUUGACAACAUGAUCUCACCAGUAAAGUUCUCUCAAGCGUUAGGGAACUUAGGUAAUCAGGCAGCAAAGAAGUUACGCAAGUCACUAAAACCGGACAAGCUUCCUCCACCCGUCAACUACUUCUUGGAGAUUGGACCACAUUCAACAUUGAAAGGAGCCAUCAAGGCGACAAUGGAUUCAUUGUCGAAACAAGACACAAUCACUUAUAUGCCAACACUUGUCCGAGGCAAAUCUGCCGUGGAGACUGCUGCAGAAGCUUUGGGAAACUUGUGGUGUCGAGGACAUGAGGUAAACUUAUGCUUGUUCAACGAUUCAGAGGUCCCAAGUCGACAGAGAAACAUGCUCGUAGAUCUUCCUUGUUAUCCGUUUGAUCACAGCAGAAAAUUCUGGUUGGAAAGCAGGCUGUCGAAAGGUCUCAGAUUUCGUCAACACGCUCCUCUCCCUGUGCUCGGAACAGCAGUCGCAGAUUGGAAUCCUCUGGAGCCAAGAUGGCGGAAUAUCAUCACGCUUGCAGAGAAUCCGUGGAUCAAGGAUCAUAACGUGAAUGGUGCAGAUAUCUAUCCCGCUGCAGGAAUGCUGGUCAUGGCCAUGGAGGGAGCCCAACAGAUGUCGGAUACCAAGUCGAUCAUCAAGGGAUAUCAUAUGAAAGAUGUAUCCAUCAAGAAAGCGCUUGUCUUCCCCACCUUAGACAAUGGUCUUGAGGUCCAGUUGUACUUUCGGCCUGGUAGGGAGCGAACUGGCAGCUUCCUCAAUUGGAGCGGCUUCCGAAUCUGUGUGUAUGAAGAUAAAGAGUGGUCCGAUAUAUGUACGGGAUCCAUAGCGAUCGAGUACCAGAGUGGCGCCUCAAGUUUCACUGAUGGACGCGGAGUCGAACUAGCGAUGUCGAACUAUCAGGAAGAGUGUCGAGAAAUGGCAGAGAGGUGUAGAUCUCCGAUAGAGCCACGGAUCUUCUAUUCGCACUUGAAAGACUUUGGCCUGAACUUCGGUCCGACAUUUCGUUCCCUUACCAAUCUCCGCUUCAAUGAUCAUGGCGAUUCACUAGGAACAACUGACAUACACCACUGGCAGUCUUCAUACGGGCAAGACGACUCAAAGUCUCCCAUAAUGCAUCCCGCAGCACUCGACACCUUUCUUCAGCUUGCGUGUCUGGGUUUGACCAAAGGUGGAAAAGAGACACUUCCAACCAUGAUCCCAACAACCUUUCGAAGUCUCUGGAUAUCUGCAGAUAUUGCCAAUCAAAAGGAAACAAGUCUUAUGUCUCUUGACAACAGUAUAGCUUCCAGUGUCAGAAUUUAUACAAAGUCCAAGCUGCAAGGGUUCCGAGAUGCCCAUUCGACAGUUAUCGGACAGGAUGCGGAAAGUCAAGCCAUUGUUCUCGUUGGAGAUGUCAACUUUACCGGCAUUGCAGAGCUUGAAGCGAGAUCACAGUCCGUUGCGCCUCAAAAACUGUGUUACAAGGUUGAAUGGAAGCCGGAUCUUGACCUUAUGGAAAGGGAUGAUGUUUAUUCAUUUUGCUCAAGCGGCAUAGAGUUCUGCCCUCCAUAUGCCGACAUGGAUCAUGAGAAGUCUCUUUUAUGUCACUUUGGAUUGCGACAAUUGGUCGAGGACGUACAGAAAUUUAAUGGUCAAAUGUUAGAAAUCAAGCCGCAUCUUCAGAAAUAUCUUCACUGGGCAGAACAUCGACUGUCGACAGACCAAUGGACAACUCAGAUGCAAGACGAAGUGUCUCGAAUGCCACUUUCUGAAUUACUGGAAAAGGUGGCCCAUAACGACCCACAAGGCAAGCUUAUGGUCAAUGUGUUGAAUAAUCUUAACCGAAUCAUGAAAAGGGAAGUAGAUGCGCUCGAAGUGAUAUUCCAAGAGGGCUUGGUCAAUGAAUACUAUCACUUCACAUACGAUAUCACCUCGGGCUUCGACGAAGCUCUUCGCUUCAUCGACACAUUGGCACAUAAGUCGCCAAGAAUGAGGAUCCUGGAGAUUGGUGCAGGAACAGGUUCAGCUACUGGCAGGGUGCUUCGUGCUCUAACCAGGAAAGACAACAAAGAUUCCGCGGAAAAGACUUAUUUGUUUCAAGAUUACACAUUCACUGAUAUUUCGACUAGCUUCUUUGAGGCAGCGAAGAUUAAAUUCUCUGAAUAUGCUGAAGUGAUAGAAUUCAGAAUUCUAGAUAUUGAGAAGGACCCAGCUGACCAAAUGUUCGAUAUUGCGGAGUAUGACUUGAUUGUUGCGUCUAAUGUGAUACAUGCUACCGCUAGCCUCAAUGCAACCCUCCAGAAUGUCAGGAAGCUUAUGAAACCAGGUGGAAAGUUCGUCUUGUUCGAAUUGACUGUCCCCGACAACAUAGUUGAAGGCGUGAUCUUCGGCCUGCUACCUGGAUGGUGGUUAAGCACAGAAGAACACCGACAAUGGGGUCCAAUGGUGACCCGAGAGACCUGGAACUCCUAUCUUAAAUCCGCUGGAUUUACCGGCCUCGAUCUGGCGUUUCCGGCCCAUGACGAGACGGCGAAAUGCCAUACCAUGAUUUCUACUGCAUCAGAAGCUUUCGAAUUGAUUUUCAACAUUCCAAAAGUAGUCAUUCUGACACUUGGAAAUUCUGCUCUCCAGAAUAAGGCAGCAGAGCGACUGCAGUAUUUGCUAAAAGAUUUCUGUGGGGUUGCUGAGAUCAAGUCUACGGUUGACGUUGAGUCUAGCUACGACGAACAGUCAAUUUGUGUUCCUUUCCUCGAACUUGAACAUUCAUUCCUUGAUCAAAUCUCACAGGAUGAUUUCAAUCUUCUGAAGCUUCUCUUCUCGAAGUUCGGAACGAUCAUUUGGGCCAGCUCCGAAAUCUCAUCAACGGCUAAUCCACUAGGAGACAUGAUUACGGGUCUCGCUAGGUGUGUAAGAGAAGAGAAUGGGACCACCAAGCUUGUGACCGUCAAGCUGUCGAGAAUCCAAGACGUUGCUCGAGCAAUGACCCAGAUAUUCAAAGUGAUACAGAAAACAUCACAGUCUUUAUUGGAUAAAUGUGAAGUGGAAUUUGCUGAGAUUGAUGGGUCAUUGUGUAUCAGCAGAAUUGCUGAGUUCAAGGAGUUGGACGAAUUCGUAAGUCGAAAAACGACCAGACAGCAAGCGCAAAUGCAAAAAUUUCGAGAAGGAGAAUCGACUCCGAUGAAGUUGGCUAUUGGUCAACUUGGACUGCUCAGUACCCUUCAAUAUGAAGCUGAUUCUUCUAUCUUGUCUGGUUCGCUUGCACCCGACGAAAUUGAGAUAGAGGUCAAAGCUGCUGGGCUGAACUUCCGAGAUGUCCUUAUCGCAUUAGGGCAAGACCCGGCUUCUUACCUGGGGAUCGAGUGCUCUGGGGUGGUCAUACAAGUUGGUGAAGAAGCAGCAGCGAAAUUCAAGAUUGGCGCUCGGGUUUGUUGCGUCACGGAGGGAUGUCUCCGAACAAACGUUCGGUGUGACCACAGGAUCGCAAUCGAGAUCCCUGACCACAUGCCGUUUCAAUCAGGUGCCGCCUUCCCUGUCGCUUACUCUUCGGCUUAUUACUCCGUGACAAGCAUAGCUCGUUUGCGGCCAAAUGAAUCAAUUCUGAUCCAUUCCGGGGCCGGAGCUUUUGGACAAGCAUGCAUACAACUCGCGAAGCUCCAAAACGCCAAUAUCUUCACUACUGUCGGCACAGACGAGAAGAAAGAGUUUCUGGUAAAAACCUACGGCAUCGAAGAAAGCAACAUAUUUUCAAGUCGAAGUCCCGAUUUCGCACAAGGGGUCAAAGCACUCACGAACGGCCGUGGAGUCGAUGUCAUCAUUAACUCUUUGGCUGGAGAAGCUCUGAAAUGUACUUGGGACUGUAUUGCUCCGUUUGGGCGAUUUGUUGAGGUUGGGAAAAAAGAUAUCUACAACUUCGGGAACCUGCCGAUGUUCCCAUUCUCAAGAAAUGUCACUUUCUCCAGCGUCGAUAUAUUUUAUAUAUACCGCAACUUUCGCCAAAUUCUCACUGAGCUUAUGGAGUCAGGCAUGGCACUUUUUAGUCAUGGGAAAAUCACAGUUCCCAGUCCGAUUGAAGUUUACCACGGCUCUGAAGUGGAAACAGCCUUUCGGUAUUUGGAAAGUGGUAAGAGCAAGGGCAAACUCGUGAUAGAGUUCCACAACGAUGAUAUAGUCCCGGUCGUAUCUAGCAGCGGGCCUCCUUACAACUUGGACCCGAACUCUACCUACGUUAUAGCAGGUGGUCUUGGUGGUCUCGGUAGGAGCAUAGCUCGGUGGAUGGUGACUAGAUCUGCAAAGCACUUGAUCCUCCUUUCACGAUCAAAGCUACACAGUGAAGCAGUGGUCGCAUUCCUCGCAGACUUACGAGAUCAAGGGAUUGACGUUGCUACCCCGCCAUGUGAUGUUGGGGACAGAGACUCUCUCGAGAGCGCUCUUCAACAGUGUGCACACAUGCCGCCGAUCAGAGGUUGUGUACAAGCAUCUAUGGUGCUUAAGGACGCAAUGUUCGCAAACAUGACAGUUUCCGAUUUCCAAACUGGUACCAAAGCUAAGGUUGACGGAUCUUGGAAUUUGCAUACUCUACUACCAUUAGGGAUGGACUUUUUCAUACUCUUGUCCUCUCUAGCUGGGCUGAUUGGAUCUCGUGGGCAAUCCAACUAUGCAGCUGGAAACACCUACCAAGAUGGACUUGCGCACUACCGUAACAAAGAAGGGGAGAAGGCACUUUCUCUAGACCUUGGCAAACUCACCCGCAUUGGGUAUGUUGCCGAGAGGGAGGGCAUAGAAAACGACGCAAUUGGCGAAGUCCAGGAGAAUGCACUUCUUGCGAUGAUGGAAUACGCUUGCAACCCUGACCUGCCAAUCAAAUUAGGUUCACCAAGUCAAGUGGUCACUGGCAUCGAGACACCUGCUGCACUCAAAGCUCAAGGCGUUGAAGAGCCCUAUUGGAUGCUGCGACCCAUGUUCUCACCUCUUUAUCGAACGUCUAACCUGCAGAGCAAUAGCACCCAGGAUGAUACAAAUGGAAGUGAAACGUGCAGUAAGAGGAUCGCAACAGCAGAGACGUUGGAAGAAGCGACUGAGAUAAUCAUUGACGGCUUGCAAACAAAAUUGUCGAGAACGCUGGCUGUUCAAAAAGCCAACAUCGAUACGACAAAGCCAAUGCACAUCUAUGGUGUCGAUUCGCUAUCUGCAGUUGAGUUGAGAACUUGGUUUCGCAAUGUUGUUGGCGUUGACAUCACUGUUUUCGAUAUUCUGGGCAAUCAAAGUCUUGCAGAUUUGGCAGCAACUGUGGCACCCAGAAGUCAAUUUCUAGCGGAGGAGCUUAAGAGGAUGAAGGAGGGCUAGGUGAAUGGUUGAGAAGGAGAAAGUGGGACGAAUAUUCUCUUGGUGAUAUCUUGAAGCUAGCGAGUCUAUGAAUUAUGUCAGAAAUUUUCAACAGAGUCAUUGGAUGGAAUUAUCUCGAACAAUCUUUCGUCCUA